UUCGUCAUUUAUUGAAAUAACUUUGCUGUUGUGAAAUAAAAAGCUAGUGGCAGGAACGUACAGAGGUAUGUACCUACCAUUGGACUGAGAAAUGGACGUUCUAGGCUUACUGAGCUUCAGGGGAUGGAUUUUACUUAUAAUUGGAUUAUCGACCGUAUUAUACAUAUAUGUGAAACGGAAAUUUGGUUUAUGGCGUCGCCUGGGGAUUCCCGGACCUGAUCAUGUCCCUUACGUAGGCCAGAUGAUUCAACUUAAUAAAAAGGGCUUUUAUGCGUUGGAUGUCGAAUUGGUUCAGAAGUAUGGACGUCUUGUCGGGCUGUAUUUCGGGAGUCAGCCUUCCAUUAUGAUAUCUGAUCCGGAUCUCAUUAAGACUAUCAUGGUGAAGGAUUUUUCCAAAGCUCCAAACAGAUUCGCCUUGGUAGAGCAGCGCGGGGAAUUGAGGCAGUCCUUAACCGAAGUUGCAGACGAUCAUUGGCGAUUUAUGAGAAACACCAUUCUACCGACUUUUUCCAGUGGUAAACUACGAAAGAUGGGAUUUCUUUUGAAAGAGAAAUACAAAAUGUUACUGGAAGGGUUGACUAAGAAAGCAGAGCAAGGAAACGUCAUUGAAUUUAAACAGGUAUUUGGGAGUUAUACAAUGGACGUCAUUGCCUCCCUUGGCUUUGGCAUGGAGAUCGAUUCCCAGACAAAUCCUGACAACAAGUUUGUAAAAUACGCUAAAGAACUGUUUGAAGUUGACAUCUCUCUUUUGGCUAUCCUUGCAGUACUUAUACCUCCAUUUGAUAAACUUUUGGAUUACUUUAGUCUCUCACCUCUGAAUAACCGUAGAAGGAUGGAGUUCUUCAAGUCAGCAGUGCAUCAAGCUAUCGACAUGCGGGAUGACACGGAUAAAGACAGAAAAGAUAUGCUACAACUCAUGUUGAAUGCUCAUAAUUACACUGAUAAAAAUGAAAUCGAGGACAAACACGCGUAUGAAAAUCCAGAGGAGUGGAAAAAGAGAGGUUUAACAGUGGACGAGAUAACUGGAAAUUCUAUUCUUUUUCUACUGGCCGGCUAUGACACCACAGCAAGCACCAUGACUUUUAUUGCAUAUAACCUGGCGACAAACCCAGAAUGCCAAGAUAAAUUGAUAAAUGAAAUUGACACAGUUCUUGAACAAGAGCUACCGACCUAUGACAACAUCCAGAAGCUGGAGUACCUGGAUAAGGUAUUUAACGAGACACUUCGUCUGUACCCACCAGCCGUUAGGACAAACAGGAACAAUUCUGAAGAAAUUGACGUGGAGGGGGUAAAGAUUCCACCCAAUACCGAAAUCAUUUUUCCUAUUUUUGCGAUACAUAGAAAUCCUAAGUAUUGGCCAGAACCGGAGAAAUUCGAUCCUGAACGAUUUACCCAAGAAAAUAAAGAGAGCCGUCACCCUUACACCUUUCUGCCGUUUGGUCAUGGUCCCAGAAACUGCAUUGGACAACGCUUAGCAGGCAUGGAGGUUAAAUGUGGAAUUGCAUACAUACUACAGCACUACCGGUUCACUAAAUGUAGCGAGACUGAGAUAAACCUGAAAUACGUAAAAUGGAAAUUUGGUUUAUGGCGUCGCCUGGGGAUUCCUGGACCUGAUUUUGUCCCUUACGUAGGUCAGAUGAUCCAACUUAAUAAAAAGGGUUUUCAUGGGUUGGAUGUCGAAUUAGUUCAAAAAUAUGGAAAUCUUGUUGGGCUGUAUUUCGGGAGUCAGCCUUCCAUUAUGAUAUCUGAUCCGGAUCUUAUUAAGAGCAUCAUGGUGAAGGAUUUUUCCAAAGCUCCUAAUAGAUUUUCCUUGGUUGAACAACGAAGCGAGCUGAAGCAUUCCUUAACAGAAGUUGUAGAUGAUCAUUGGCGAUUUAUACGAAACACCAUACUGCCAACAUUUUCCAGCGGCAAACUAAGACACAUGGGAUUUCUUUUGAAAGAGAAAUAUAAAAUGUUACUGGAAGGAUUGACUAAGAAUGUAGAACAGGGGAACGUCAUUGAAUUUAAACAGGUAUUUGAAAAUUAUACAAUGGACGCUAUUGCCUCCCUUGGUUUUGGAAUGGAGAUCGAUUGCCAGACAAAUCCUGAAAACAUGUUCGUAAAACACGCUAAGGAAGUGAUAGGAGUUAACAUCUCUCCCUUUUUUAUUCUUGCAGUUCUGUUUCCACCACUUGAUAAACUUUUGGAUUACUUUAAAAUUUCACCUCUGAACAACCGCAACAAGAUGGAAUUUUUCAAAUCUGUUGUGCAUCGGGCAAUCGACAUGCGGGAUAACACAGACAGAGACAGAAAAGAUAUGUUACAACUUAUGUUGAAUGCCCAUAAACUCACCGACAAAAAUGAGAUAGAGGACUCCCAAGCAUAUGAAAAUCCUGAGGAAUGGAAAAAGAGAGGUUUAACAAUCGAAGAGAUUACUGGAAAUUCUAUUUUAUUUCUAAUGGCCGGUUAUGAAACAACCGCAAGCACUAUGACUUUUAUCGCAUAUAACCUGGCGACAAACCAAGAGUGCCAGGAUAAAUUGUUAAAUGAAAUUGACACAGUUCUAAAACAAGAGCUGCCAACAUAUGACAACAUCCAGAAGCUGGAGUACCUGGAUAAGGUGUUUAACGAGACACUUCGUCUGUACCCACCAGCCGUUAGGUCAAACAGAAUCAAUUCGAAAGAAAUUGAUGUGGAUGGGGUAAAGAUUCCACCCAAAACUGAACUGAUUUUUCCUAUUUUUGCGAUACAUAGAAAUCCUAAGCAUUGGCCAGAACCGGAGAAAUUCGAUCCUGAACGGUUUACCUCAAAAAAUAAAGAGAGCCGUCAUCCUUACACCUUUCUGCCGUUUGGUCAUGGUCCCAGAAACUGCAUUGGACAACGCUUAGCAGGCAUGGAGGCUAAAUGUGGCAUUACGUAUAUACUUCAGCACUACCGAUUCGCUAAAUGUAGCGAGACUGAGAUUCCUCUCCAACUGAGGAAAAACGGCUUACUGAAACCGGCAAAUGACGUUAAACUUAAAUUGGAAAAAAGAAUACCGACACAUUUAAACAGUGAAAUCUAAGAACAUUUUUGCAAUAUAUGUGUUGUGUACUUAAUUGUAUAACAUUGUACAUCUUUUAAAGACAUUUUUUCCUAAGAGUAGUAUUUGUACAAAUAUUUUUCGAUUUUAUCUUAACGAGUACAAACCAAUAGAUUACGCAAAUGACAUUCCUGCUGUAUUAAAAAAUAUUAUGGAUCUUACAGAUAUUUUUUGGAAGAUAAAGUAUAAUCUUUAUUGUUUUUCUUAUUUUUUUACUAAUGAAUUGCCAUGGCCGAUGACAUUUUCAUUUAUUGAGUUACCCUUAUGACAAUUCGAACUGUGUACCUUGUUGUCUAGGGGACAAAUAAAAACGGUCUUUUUUGCAGAAUCUAAUAUCAAUUUGCUACUGCGAGUUUUUGGUUCUCCAGAGAACGAUGCCUUGAUGCCACUAUAUAGAUGUGCAAAUGAUCUGGAAAACCAGUUUUAUCUUAGUUGGACAAUUUUAAUAAAUUUGAUAUGUCCCAGAAGAAAAUUUAUGUCACUUUUAAUUUGUAAAUAACCUUUUCAUACAUUUUUUCUGACACAUUCAUAAAUUAUAAACCAGUUGUAGUAAUGAAAAAUAAUUAUACAAGUAUAUUAACUGGAACGGCUGGUUCAGUGCAUAUGCACAUGCUUGACCAAUCAAUAAAUAUUUAAGAUUUUAAAAUAACUCACACACACACACACACCCUCACACACACACACACCCUCACACACACACACACACACACACACACACACAC